GGGAGACUAUGUCGAGGGUGAGACAUGGCUACAUAGGCCACGAAAUAUGUACAGACGGUUGUCCCGAGAAGAGCCGUAGAAACCACUCAGAAAACGGAUUGAAACAACGUACAUCGCUUGUCGUGGAAAUGGCAAUUCGAUGCACGACGCUCAACUGUUCAUGUGAUGCUUUCAAUCCAGGCACAGUUUACCAGCGGAUUUGUAGCACCUGUUCUCAUGGCUGGGUGUCUCACGCUUUAGACAAAAUGAGAUUUCAUCAAAUAUAUAACCGCCAUCAGAUGGAGUUAGUCCAACCGGAUGUUGCUUUUGACGUAGCAUCUUUAAUGCUAUAUGGUACUCAAGCAAUUCCUAUACGUUUGAAAAUUCCACUCGAUAGAUUAUUUAGUGUUCUGCAACACAACGAAGUUCUGCACGUGCUCAGUGGAUUUGGUUGGACAUAUGAAGAUUAUGCACGUGGUUACAUUCUCCAAGAUCCACAGGGGGCUAUCUUGGAUAGGUGGACACUGGCCAGUCAAGAAGAAGAGCAACUAAUAUUGCAGCAGUUUCUCAGAUUUGGAGAGACUAAGUCUAUUGCUCAUCAAUUACUCUUUCAGGAAACGUGUAAAAAGCGUGACUACAUCAUUCGGUCCUCUAAAACAGAUUCCGACAUUAUGAAAUUCAUUGAGCAGACAAAUAGGAAGGUUAGCACAGCUAUUUUAAAAAAUGACAGUUUCAUUCCUUUGACUACAAAUUUGCAGUCUUCCCAUUCGUUGAGUACAUCAUCUAUUCUACAUCCACGCUCUAGCAUUAGUCCUAGUCGGCCUGUUUCAUCUCAUGGGUGGUCUCUAGUAACCCCUGGCAGUCCUCUACCUGUUUCACCUUUGAAUAAGAUUCAGAACUUGCAACCACUGGACUACCGGCUGGAGAAAACAACGUCAGAAGUAAGUAACCAUGAUAUUCUUCCAAUUAUUCCACCAACCACAUUCAAUCCGGAGUAUUCUCCCACAUCUCGCACCUUUAAAUUUUCGCCUGCUCUCGGAAGCCAUGCUCUGUCGAUCACUAGUACCUCAAAAUAUAGCAUAACAGAUGUUGGUUUCGUUGAGAAUAACAGCACGGAGAUGAAUCUGAGUCAGACAGCUAAUCAUACCUUUGACUCAGUAUACGAUGCCAAGAAGGUGAAACGCCUUCGAAAGUCCACCAACCCCAUGAAACGGAAGUGGAACUCUCUAGUGUUCAGCACCGUGAAAGCUAAAGCUGCCAGCAAAACUCGGGCACAGUGCCUUGUGUGUUUUAAGACGUUUUGUGACAAGGGCGCUCUCAAAAUCCACUUUAGCGCUGUUCAUCUUCGAGAAACGCACAAGUGUUUAGUAGAAGGGUGCAACAAGAUGUUUAGCUCUCGAAGGAGUCGUAAUCGUCAUAGUGCUAAUCUCAAUCCCAAUCUUCAUAAGAGAAACGUCAGAAGAAAAUUCAUUCCCCAUGACGAUCGAUCGACAUGUUCUUUAGAUAUGCCUCCAGCUUCUCCUUCGAAUUGUGACAAUUAUUUUAUACCCGAAUGUAUUGAGAGUAACCUCCCGAAGAUAAUAAAUCAUCCUAUGGCUACCAGCACUUCUUCUCCAUCAAGUAUUCCAAGUGUGUCUCAACCAGAAAAUCUUUCUGGUACAUAUUAUCAUAACCUCGAAAACUAUGCAAUUCCUUUGACUACAAAAUGCAACUUAGAAGAAAAUAUCCAAGAUGUUCAUAUGAGUAACGACCUAGAAAAUGUUGACCCUUCAAAAGUAAAUGAUUCUUCAUCUAAAGGUAAAAAUGUUCAUAAGCGAAAGAGUGUAAAUCCAGUCAAAUUUUCUAUAACCAGUGAACACGACAUCCAGUACAUUUCUUCUGACGAAUUGUCAACUCACACAUUAUUAGAUCAAACGUACAAUGAAAAUGAGUUUUUGGGGACGAUAUCUGAUAACCACACUCCGAAUUUCCACUGUGACUUUAAGCAAGGAGGCCAGGUAUAUGAAAGCGAAAGAAAAUGUUAUGGUAAUAAGAGAGUAAAAGAGGAAUAUAGACAACUCCUGGAGUAUCCAUUCAAAGAAAAUGAAGAACAGAAGGUUGUCACUAGGAAAGAUACAACAGAACCCACCGACUUAAGUAAGCAUCCAUUGCAGCAUCUAGAAUCUCUUGCGAUGGAAGCUUUUACAAAUAUAAUUAGAACGACCCACAAUAAUAUCGGAUUACGUUCACUGCAUAGGGUUUCACAUCACGCGUCAAGUUUACCUCUGGCGAUGCCCCAGACUUGUGAAAGCUCACAAAGUUACUCCGCCUGUUCACCAUUAGAACACAUAAAAAAAUCUACUGCUAGUGUGGCCCCUAAUUCCCAGGAAAUUACCACAGGUGACCAUAAUUCAAAUCCGGGUGACCAACUGAUUUCUUUCAUUCCGAGGUACAGAGAUGCCUCUAUGGUUUGUACUGUAGACGUUCCGAUCGACAAAGAAAAUCCACGACGAUGCGUCGCUUGUGGUAAGACUUUCCAAAACCACUUUAGUGUAAAGACCCAUUAUCAAAAUGUGCACCUGAAAUUAUUGCACAAAUGUAAUGUUGAAGGAUGCACUGCAGCAUUUCCUUCAAAACGCAGUCGGGACCGGCAUAGUACAAAUUUGAACCUUCAUCGAAAGUUGCUUUCUACAGACAACCCCCCUUCUGUGUUGGACAAAACCAACUUGUACCAAUCGCAUCCAAGAGCUUUUAGAGAAAAUAUGCUUUGUUAUUCCCGUGCCCUACCACUACGUUUGGAAGACUUUUACCUUGGAAGAAUUUAUGGAUCUGAGGAAUAUUUUCCAAGUUCGGCUUUUGUCAACCAUUUAGGGGCAGGAACUAUUUCUCCUUUCCAUUCAGCUUUCUUAUCUCCGGUGACUACGACAAGCACUUCAGUUUCGAAGAGUUUAUUUGGAUUAAGUGGGGCUAAAGGGCAAACAACUUCUAACUGUUCAUAG